AGCUUGCAAAAUUAGGGAAUUUCUCCUCGAGCUGCUGGGCGGAGGAGGAAGCGGGGAAGGCAGCGCACGUGCGUGUGUGCCCUCCCUCAGCCCCAGCGUAUUUAAGCUGCUGGAGGCUGUGCCUGGAGCUGUGCCUCUGCCAACCUCCAGCCACCAGCUACAGGAGAAGCAGGCGUUGGGAAGAUGAGCCGGUUCCCAGUGGAUGUGAAAGCUGUAGGCUUGAUGCAAUGCAGAAAGCAGAAGAAGUACAUGAUGUUUGUGUCCUGGUCAGAUCAAAACAACAUUCUCAUCUACCGGACAUUUGAAGAAUUUAAGAGGCUCCACAAAGAGCUGAAGAGAAAAUUCCCCAUUGAGAGUGGAUCACUCAGGAGAUCUGACAGGACUAUACCCAAGUUUAAAGAUGCAAAUGUGAAGCAGAGGAAGAUGAACAAGUUCCUGGAGAGACUGAAAUUGCUGGAAACUUACUCCCAGGAACUGCUGAAAACGGAUGCUAAGAUCUCCCAGAGUGAAGAUCUCAUUCAGUUUUUCAGGGCACAAACCCAAGACCUAGAUCCUUGCUUUCCUGAAGACAGUGUUGUGAUCAUGCCUUCAGAAAUUGGAGGGGAAAAGAAAAAGCAGGCGCAGCAGCAGCUCUCUAUUACCCACCCGCAGGCAUCUCAGAGCUACAGAUGCAUUGAAACCUUUGAAACCAAAGACACAAAGAACCAGGCUUUCAAAGUUGCUCAGAAGGAAAUCGUUGAAGUGUUACUCAAGGACAUGACGGGGUGGUGGCUGGUGGAGAAUGCAGACAAGCAGUUAGCCUGGUUCCCGGCCUCGUACCUGGAAGAGAUCGAUGUCCACGAGGACAUCCAGGAUACCAUGAGUUCAAACGAGGAGGGCAGCCUGUAUUUCGUUAUGCGGGCCUACGAGUCGCAGAAGGCAGACGAGCUCUCUCUGAACAGCGGCGUGGUCGUGGAGGUGGUCAGGAAGUCUGACAACGGCUGGUGGCUGAUCCGAUACAACGGGCAGACCGGCUACAUGCCCUCCAUGUGCCUCCAGCCCUACAAGAACCCUCACCACAGGCUGCAGACCAUCAUGAACUGCGGCCUCAACAUCUCCUCGCCCAACCUCUGCUCCUCCCCGCCAGCCCCCCAGCCCCCAGGCAAGGCGAGGGGAGGCAGCAUGGUGCAGGACCACACUGCCCAGGACCGGAGUGACGAGGACAUGAGCUCUUUGAGAAGCAGAUGGAGAUCCACGCCAGACCUGGAGUCGGACAGCUCCUCACUCAGCUCGGGCAGCGGGCUGAGCUGGAAGCCCGACUUGUCACGGUCCCUGCCCGAAGUGGAGCAGGCCAGGAGCCCCCGCCUGGGGAACAGCUCGACCACACGCAGCAGCAAAUCUCCACAGCUCACCCACAAGGACAGGAACGAUUCUGGCUUUGUGGAGCCGUCUGCCGCCGAUCUCAGUUGCUCCCUCUCUGACUCAGACACAGCUGCUGGUGUCCCCAAGGUGCCCGUGCGCCCCUCAGCCUGUGAGAUCCUCCAGAGGUGCAGCACGGUCACAAAGCGAGCCCUGCAGCAGUCAGCCCCCCGGCCGGCCCUCCAGGCCUUGUACCCGCUCCCCAACGUGCACUAGCAGGGACCUGGCCCCCAGCGGACCCUUGCCCAGUCCUGCAGGAGCCAUAGGGAGUGUCAGUGCUGGGGACUGCUGCAUUUCAAGGACACUGCUAGGUCCCAGUGGAGCAGGCUUGCAGCCACUGCUUCACUAGGUUGCCACUGGCUCAUGCUGCAGCACAGGAGGGCAGGGAUCAAGUGUUUUAACUAGGGUGUGCCGCUGUUACUGGGAGAGCCACAGCACUGGGGUACCAGCAGCUCCUGUGUAACUCAGAUUGAGGUGAUUCUCCCUCAGGAACAUAUUUAUCCUGCAGCAGUUUGUGAAAAAUGUCGUGACUUUCUUACUUUAUUCCCCACAACAUGGCUACGCAGCAGUGCAGCUGAGGAGUGGAGUGAAACCCAUGAAAUCCAGAGGUAGUUAUUUAUAUGGGGUAGGGAUGGGGUGAUUCCACCAUGUAAAUGUCAUUUACCUGAAUCCCUUAACUUUUUUUAAUUGUAUUUUUUUACUUUAUAGUUAAAUGAAUGUGGGUAGUGGGGAACUGGCUAUCAUGUAUCUCUGAAUUAGCUAGAGCCUCUGAACUGAGAGAACAAAACUGAGUUAGAAAACCUAAGACGUUUGUCUAGAUUGCUAGCUUUUAGUUAUUGUCCCAUGUAUGGUUUUCUUUCUUGUUACAAGCAAUUUAACCAAGAUGUAAGGAUUUGUGUUGUUCUAGUGUUGUUCUAAAUUUUAUAGUCCUAAGUUUUAUAUAUUUCUUUAUCUGAAAUAAAAUGCAGAUAAAAAUCUA